UUUUAAGCCAAUUUCUAAUGUAAACACUACCAAUCAUUGUAGUUGUACGAUUCUUAUUAUAAACAAUAUUUUGUUCACUCAACGUAAUCUCAAAUGUCUUGUAUGAAAAGAAUUUUUACGCCGAAUAAGCAGCUCGUUGAGUUACACAUCCCGAGAUGUUCUGGAGGGGUCAUCCUAGUUCAUACGUGUUGCCACCUGAUGGCUACAGUAUUCAACAGUAUUUGUCGAUUCGGAAAAUGAGAUUUAAUAAGGAUAAAGUCGCGAAUACGUUCUGAAUAUCGUUCUAAAUACCGAUUCCUUCAAGAAUAUCCUCACUCUAAAACAGAUUUCUACUGUAAAUAUUUGCCCAGAAAAAUAAAAAAUCUUUGGUUUCUUUUUGUGAGAUAUUUUUGUUUUCACAACUCUGAAUAUGAAUAAAGGAAUCGUCGUAUGUAGUAUAUUCUUGUUACUUUACGUCGAGGCAAGUAACGACGCGAAAUCAAGCAAAAAGAAAUCAUGGCGAGAGAAAGAUAUACGAGAUAUGACCGAAGCAGAUUUAGAGCAUUUGCUAGACCAGUGGGAGGAAAACGACGAACCUUUGGAACCGGAUGAACUACCGGAACAUCUCAGACCCAGUCCAAAAAUUGACAUUUCAAAGAUUAAUAUGUCAAAUCCUGACAAUGUACUCAAAGUGACUAAAAAAGGUAAAAGUGUCAUGAUGUUUGUGGACACUAUAGAGGAUAUUUCAGUAGAAGAAGCUGAAGUAAUAAUGAAAAUCUGGCACACUAGUUUUCAGAAUAAUCAUAUUGCUGCCGAAAGAUACCCAAUUGAUCAAAAAAGAUCUGUAUUCUUAUUUCGAGAAGGUUCCCAAGCUGUAGAUGCAAAAAAUUAUUUGCUGCAACAGCCAGAAUUGUCUCAUAUUACUCUUGAAGGGCAUACCUAUUACAGAGAUCCACAAAAACAGGGCAAAACUAUGCCAAAACUUAACAAGGUUGUAAACACCCAAAGUACAAUGGACGAGAAACAGAGAAAAGCAGAGUUAUAAAUUGCUAUAAAUAUACAUUCUUUAAAGACACAAAAUAUAUUGUUUGUAUAUUUUUAUACAUUGUAAAUAAUUAUAAGCAAAUCUAUAAGCAAA